AUGAUUUUGCCUUUUCUUCUUCUUCUUCUUCUUCUUCUUCUUCUUCUUCUUCUUCUUCUUCUUCUUCUUCUUCGUUCCUUGCCGUCGUUGUUCAUGCACCUCUUUUUAUUUUAUUCUCUCCCUCUUUUUAAAAAUAUUCUCUACGUCCCCUUUUCUUUAUCGUUUGCCUAUUUUUUUACAUUUUCCUUUUUCGUUCUUUAUUCUCUCUUUUCCUUUUUCUUAUUCUCUUUUUCUAACCUUUCUUUCUUUGUUUGCUUAUAUUAUUUUUCUUUUCUUAUUUCCUUUUUUUUUUUUUUCACCUUUUACUUUUCUUUCUACUCUUUUUCUUGUUUUCUUCCUUUUCAGUCUAUUAGAUAUCUUUCUUCCUUCUUUUUCUCUUUCUCAUUCUUCAACUUUAUUUUUUUUUAUUAUUCUCUUUAUCCUUUCCUGGUCAUUUUUCCUUUGUCAUUUUCUUUGUCUUUUUCUUCUUCCUUUCCUGAUUCCUUUUCUUUGUUUUCCUUUCCUGGGGCCUUUUCUUCGUCCUUUCCUCAUUCAUUUUCUGUUUUUUUUUCUUCGUCCUUUCUUGAUUCCUUUUCUUUUUUUGUGAUUGUCUUUUUCUUCCUUCUUUUCCUGAGGCCUUUUCUUUGUCCUUUCCUUAAUCAUUUUCUUUGUCUUUUUCUUCGUCCUUUCCUGACUAAUUUUCUUUCUUUCUUUUUUUGUGUUUGUCAUUUCCUUAGUCCUUUCCUGAGGCCUUUUCUUUGUCAUUUCAUUAAUCAUUUUCUUUGUCUUUUUCUUCGUUCUUUCCUGACUCCUUUUCUUUUUCUUACUUUGUCCUUUCCUUCGUCAUUUUCUAAGCUCUUUUCUUCGUUCUUUCCUCAUUCGUUUUUUUGUCUUUUUCUUCGUCCAUUCCUAACUCAUUUUCUUUGUUUCUUUUUUUGUAUUUGUCCUUUCCUUAGUCCUUUCCUGAGGCCAUUUCUUCGCCCUUUCCUUAAUCAUUUUCUUUGUCUUUUUCUUCGUCCUUCCCUGACUCCUUUUCUUUCUUUCGUUUUCUUUGUUUGUCCUUUCCUUAGUCCUUUCCUGAGACCUUUUCUUCGUCCUUUCCUCAUUCAUUUUCGAUGUCUUUUUCUUCAUCGUUUCCUGACUCCUUUUCUUUUUCCUCUUUUGCACUUCUAUUUUCUUAUAUUUUCUUUUUCCUUUUUUCUCUUCGUGUUUCUUUUCCUUUUUUCUUCCUCAUGA